CUUUGAAUUCAUGAUGCAGGAGAUGAGGCUCACAAGAUGCAUCAUGAUAAUACAGUUUGAAAUGCUACUGAACGUCAUCUUUGUUUCAGGUGGUGAGGAAUGCUGUCCUGCAGUCCUUAAUGCAUCUAUGCCAAACAAGAUGGAGGCAUUGAGUGACACUUGUUUGCAAAUUCCAUGUUCAUUUGAGUCAGUACCAUCAAAUCUACUCGAUAAAAACAAAACCUUUAUUGGUUUAUGGCUAAAAUCGACUCACCAUUUUGGGCCUUAUCCAGAAAGUGUGGUUUGCAACGGCAGCAAAACCAAUAAUACAUUUCCAAUAAGUAUCAUUGGGAAUAUGAGUGAAUACAACUGCACAACCGUUUUUACAAACAUGAACUCAAGUUAUGCUGAUGUAUAUUACUUCAGAGUUGAAAGAGGUUACAUGGCAACUGACACCUGCAAUUCUCUUACAAUCACAGUUAAAGAUUCAGCCCCAGCACCCUCCAUACAGACCGUCCCGGAGGGACCACUAACGGAGGGGAGCAGGGUAACGUUCACCUGCAGGGCCAUCGCACCCUGUCCCACCCAGCCGCCUCACCUGAGCUGGAACCAGUCAGGACGCCCUGAGGGCCGGCCGGAACCGCACGGAGACCAAGAGCCUAACGUCAGGACCCGGCGGCUGAAUAUCACUCUGUCGGACCGACAUGACGGGGUCCGCCUCACCUGUCUGGCGGAGUAUCCGGUGAACAACCCAGCAGGCGGGCCCAGCAACAGAACAGCAGAGAGCGUCGUGACGCUCAACGUUUCCUAUUCCCCGAAGGAUACCCAGGCCUCCGUCAGCCCCCCCACGGUGUCGCUGGGCAGUGUGGUCAACCUGACGUGCACCAGCAGAGCCAACCCCCCCGUUCUCCGGUUCACCUGGUUCAGGAGCAGUGCGGAGGGACCCCUGAACGUGUCAGAUGGAUCUUUGUACAGCUUCAAUGUGUCCAGCUACAGAGACAUAUACUACUGCGUGGCCACGAAUCCCUUGGGAAACCAAACAUCAGAAGAGAUUAAGCUAACUUUCAGUGGUGAAAGCGUUGGUAAAUAUACUUCUACACAUAUCCCAAAUAUAUCCCUACAAUCUCUAAAUGGAUAUGACUAUGUGAUCUACCAUGAGUUGUCCCCUACAGGAUUGAAUGUCCCUCUGAUAGUGAGAUUCUUAAUCGGUAUCGUCUUCUCUAUUGGUCUGGUCAUCUCUGUCCUGUAAGUAAAACACACACACAAAUUAG